AUGGUGCCGAAGCAGAAGGGUGGUAAUGGGCGGCAGAAGAUCGCCAUCCAGCGGAUCGAGAAGGAGAGCGCCCGACGGGUGUGCUUCUCCAAGCGGCGGCAAGGUCUGUUUAUCAAAGUCACCGAGAUGGUGGUGAUGUGCGGCGCUGAGGUAGCCGUCGUCGCCUUCUCACCCGGUGGCAAGGCCUUCUCCUUCGGCCACCCCUCCGUCGAGGCCAUCAUUGACCGCUUCCUGGCAGGGGGCGGUGCAGAAGUCCUGAGCGUCGCUAAUGAUAACGAGCUGAAGAAGUUGCACCUUCAGCAUGGCGAGUUGCGCAUGUUGUUGAAGGAGGUGAAGGGAUGCAAAGAGUGCGUGCAGGAGGCCAUGGCAAAGGAGCGUGCUACGGGGGACCAGAUUGCGAUGUGGCUCAACCCCAAACUAUGCGACAUGGGGGAGAAAGAGAUGAUAGCCUUCGCCGCGAAGCUGAUGGUGGUGCGGGCUGCCAUCUUGGAACGCACAAACCAGGCACUCCUGGAUAAGCAGAACAUCGAUCGCAUGCUCCAGGCGCUCGCGCCUCCGCUACAGCCGCUCUUCGGUGGCAGUACUUUUGAGUUUGGUAGCAGCAGCAGCGCCAACACAGGGAUGGAGAUGCAACAGAUGCAUAUGGCGAUGCCUCCGAUGCAGGAGUUCGCUGCCGGAAUGGAUAUGCACCAUAUGCCAAUGGAAAUGCCUCCGCCACUGGGUUCGGCCUACGAGAUGGAUAUGCAGCAGAUUCUUAUGUCGACUCCUCCGCCAUCCAGAUUUGACGCCGGGAUGGAGAUGGAGCAGAUGGUUACAGUGAUGUCGCCGCAGCUAGAGUUCGCCACGGAGGCAGAGAUGCAGCAGAUGUUUAUGGCGAUGCCUCCGAUGUCGGAGUUCUCCGCCGGGAUGGAGAUGCUGCCGCCCGCGAGAAUAGUCGCGGGGGUAGAGAUGGUGCAGCAGGGGGCCGGGCCGAACAUGGGCUUUCUGUACGGAGGAGAAGGAGACAAGAUCCAUACCGAGUCCGAGUCCGAAUCCGAGUGA